AUGACCAGAGACUGCGGACAUAGUACAGAAGAUGUCCAGAGACUGCAGACAUAGUACAGAAGAUGACCAGAGACUGCAGACAUAGUACAGGAGAUGACCAGAGACUGCGGACAUAGUACAGGAGAUGACCAGAGAGUGCGGACAUAGUACAGGAGAUGACCAGAGACUGCGGACAGUACAGGAGAUGACCAGAGACUGCAGACAUACUACAGGAGAUGACCAGAGACUGCAGACAUACUACAGGAGAUGACCAGAGACUGCGGACAGUACAGGAGAUGACCAGAGACUGCGGACACAGUACAGGAA